AAUAAUUAUUUACAAACGCAUACAAACUGAUUGGAAAGCAAGCAGCAAGCUUGCACUGAAAGAGAGCCCUAGGCCUCGUUAGACUUGAUGCAGACGGCCAGUAUGAGGGUUUAGGGUUCUUGGUCACAAUAAAGUGCUCACUUUGCUCACUACAUCGUACUCCAAACUGAAGGUUUAAGCUUUUCUGCGAAAGAGGCCGAAAAUCAGGUACCAUUUUGGUUUUCCCAGUCUCUAAACGGAAAAUGAUCUGCAGGAGAAAGUUGUGCCCUAAACAUUUACAGUUACUCUCCAAAACCCCUACUUCCAGUUAUUCGUUUCACAAUUUCCAUCUACGCAAUUCUAGUUUUUUGUAUGUAAAUCUACUCAGAAAUGCAUCAAAUUUUAGAUAUUUAAGCUCUGUAGUUGUUUCUAAGUUAAUUCCGGAAAACCCCAAAUUUGUGGAGAUUCCUCAGUCUUUCAACGGCUCAUAUUUUGUUGGGAAUCCUAAUUUUAUGGACCUGGGCUUUGUUAGAAGUUACUGUUCCAGGAGGAAUGGUGUUGAUGAGUGUAAUGACUGGAUUGAUGAGGAGAUUGAGUAUUUGGAUGAAUCAGGCAGUGUGAUUUACACUGGAAAAGGUGUACGGUCGGUUGAGCCAGGACUUGAUGACCAUGUUAUGAUAGGUGGACUAAAGAAGCCGUUUUUGAAUGCAUCUGCUGUUGCCAAGAUUGUUGAGCUUGUGAAUAGGUGGAAAUGGGGACCUGAAUUGGAGACCCAACUGGACAAGCUCCAAUUUGUGCCUAACAUGAUUCACAUUACUCAAGCUUUGAGGGUUAUUAAAGACAGUGAUGCGGCAUUGAGUUUGUUUCGGUGGUCUAAGAGGCAGCCUUGGUAUUCGCCCAGUGAUGAUUGUUUUUUGAUACUCUUUGAUAGUUUAAACCAGACUAAAAAUUUUGACGAGAUCAAAUCAUUGUUUGAUGAAAUGGUUAAAGAUUCAAGUGGUAAUGGUAACUUUUCGUUCAGCGCUUGUAAUCGAGUCAUUCAGUAUUUGGCUAAAGCUGAGAAAUUAGAGAUGUCGUUUUUCUGUUUCAAGAAGAUUCGAGAUUCUGGUUAUAAAGUUGAUGGUCAGACGUAUAACUCACUUAUAACAUUGUUUUUGAAUAAGGGUUUGCCUUAUAAGGCAUUUGAGAUAUAUGAGGUUAUGGAAGCUGCGGAUUGUUCAUUGGAUGGCUUGUCCUAUGAGUUGAUGAUACCAAGCUUGGCCAAAUCUGGCCGUCUUGAUGCGGCAUUCAAGUUAUUCCAAGAAAUGAAAGAAAAGAAUUUUCGGCCUGGAUUUAACAUCUUUGCAUCACUUGUUGAUUCAAUGGGAAAGGCUGGGAGGUUGGAUGCAUCAAUGAAGGUAUACAUGGAGAUGCAGGGUUAUGGCCUUAGGCCAUCUGCUACAAUGUUUGUUUCGUUGAUUGAGUCAUAUGUGAAGGCAGGGAAAUUAGAUACUGCUAUAAGGUUAUGGGAUGAGAUGAAGAAAGCAGGGUUUAGGCCAAACUUUGGGCUGUACACUCUGAUUGUCGAGUCUCAUGCCAAAUCAGGGAAACUUGAUAUUGCAAUGUCUGCCUUUACAGAUAUGGAGAAGGCUGGAUUUCUACCCACCCCAUCUACAUAUUCAUGUCUCUUGGAAAUGCAUGCUGCUUCUGGACAAGUAGAUUCUGGCAUGAAGCUAUACAAUUCAAUGACCAAUGCAGGUUUAAGGCCAGGUCUAAGUACUUAUACCUCUCUUUUGACCCUCCUGGCUAAUAAGAAGCUCGUUGACGUGGCUGCCAAAAUUUUACUGGAGAUGAAAACAAUGGGAUAUUCGGUUGAUGUGAGUGCUAGUGAUGUUUUAAUGGUUUAUAUCAAGGACGGUUCUGUUGAUCUUGCUUUGAGAUGGUUACGUUUCAUGGGUUCUUCAGGGAUUAGAACAAAUAAUUUUAUAAUCAGACAGUUAUUUGAGUCAUGUAUGAAGAACGGUCUGUACGAGUCAGCCAAGCCUCUCCUUGAAACUUACGUAAGCUCUGCUGCAAAAGUUGAUCUUAUUCUUUACACAUCGAUUCUAGCCCAUCUUGUAAGAUGCCAAGACGAGCAGAAUGAGAGGCAUUUGAUGUCGAUCCUUGGUGCUACAAAACAUAAGGCACACUCUUUUAUGUGUGGACUCUUCACAGGCCCAGAACAGAGAAAACAGCCGGUACUAUCUUUUGUUAGGGAAUUCUUUAAGGGUAUUGAUUAUGAGUUGGAAGAGGGAGCUGCAAGGUACUUCGUUAAUGUUCUCCUCAACUACCUUGUUCUUAUGGGGCAAAUAAACCGAGCUCGAUGCGUAUGGAAAGUUGCCUAUGAGAAUAAGCUUUUUCCAAAGGCAAUUGUUUUCGAUCAGCAAAUUGCUUGGUCUCUUGAUGUUAGGAACUUAUCUGUGGGAGCUGCUCUAAUUUCUGUCGUGCAUACUCUUCAUAGGUUCAGAAAACGAAUGUUGUAUUAUGGUGUUGUGCCAAGACGGAUUAAGUUGGUUACUGGACCUACUUUGAAGAUUGUGGUUGCUCAGAUGUUGAGCUCAGUGGAAUCUCCAUUUGAGGUUAGUAAAGUGGUGCUGAGAGCCCCAGGGGAUUCUGUCAUGGAAUGGUUUAAGAAACCAAUUGUUCAACAGUUUCUUUUGAAUGAGAUUCCAUCAAGGGCUGAUAUCCUCAUGCACAAAUUGAACACUCUAUUUCCUAGUUCUGCACCUGAAAUAAGAUCUCUUUCUCCUCCCAAACCACUCAUUACUGGGAGGUCAAUGUAAGCAAAAAGGAUAGUGAGAUUAGUUAGUGUAAGGAAAUGUGAAAGUUAUUAAUUUUUUAACAACAUCUGUUUCUCUUUCCUUUUGCAUAGAGGACAAAGAAAGAGUUAUACCUUUUUUGUUUCUUUGAAUGGAAGUUGCGAUAUUGAUUUUUCA